UUGUGUUCCGAGUUACGGAUUGAGUCCGCUUGUUGGGACCAAGUAGGGAGGAAACUGUAGCUACUGAGGGCGGGCAUUUUGGUUGUAAGCCUCAGAGAAGGGAAUUAAGGAUGGUGGUGUCUUGGCCCUGGAGUUCCUGGGAGCUCGAGGGAAAAGAACCCCUGGCCUGAGGGAAGAAGCAUUCUCGGGUCACUGAAGCCGCGGGGCUGCGGUGCACGGGACUUAAAGACCUCAGAAAGUAGCGGAGGAAUCCAAGCAUCGCGGAGCACCUUUGACCCCUCCCUCCUGACACUGCUCGGAAUGAAAAUUUAAAUGUCUUCCUAAAUCGAGGGCGGCUUUUCUUACGUGGGUUCACCCACAGAUUCCUAAUUCCUUCCUCCGGCAUACCUACGGGGUCACCCCUGCCUGUGUAGCUGGUGGCCUGCAGGUGUAAUUCUCUGCUCAACCUGGAGGUGCGGGGCACAGUCCUUUAGGCCAUGGCUCAGUGGCAAUUCAGGGCAGUUUUUCAGCGCACAUGUGGCAAUUCUGGGAACAGUUAAGCCAUGGCUCCGUAGCUAUUUGAGGAUAGUUCUUAAAUCUAUUUGUGGCUAUUCGCGGUACAAUUCUUAAACACACAUGUAGCAAUUUAACCCUUGUGAUAAUUCGAGCUACAGUUCUUAAACCUCUGCCAUGAAGCCCUAUGCUUAAUCUAAUUUAGAUAAUGAUGAAGAUGUUGUAUGGGUUAUAAUUAGGGGGUUGGAGAACACGUAUAUGUGUGUAUAUAUAUGUGUGUGUGUGUCUGUGUCUGCUGCUUUUGUUAAUAUGCUUAUCUCUCUCAGAUCUCUAGUACACUUGAAAACUCCAGGAUAAAGCAGUGGGGAGACCUCAGUUUGAUUUUCCACAACACAAACUCCAAGCCAGAGUAGACUUGAUGGCAGCAAAUUCAAGGGAGGUGGCAGCCCUAGUUCCACAAAGCUUGGACCCAGACAAAGAAGGAAUCCAUCAGGCCUUGGACCUGACACCUGGACAAGAGAUUUUGACUCAGACAGAAUGGGAGUCCAAGAGAUUCCAACUCCAGCCUGUGACAGACAAGGCUGAACGUGUGAUCCUACAGCCCCACCUGCUGCACCAGAAUGGUGGUGAGACCAGGACCAUGAAUGAAGAAGCAACUUUCAAGCAAGAAAUUUUAGAUAAUAAUUAUCAAUUAUUACACACAGAAGAACAACCACCACCCAUGUUUAGAGAACAUGGGAAUUCUUUAAAUCAGAACUCUGCCAUAGUUGGACUUCAAGUGUUCCAAACUAAAGAAGAAACUUAUGAUUGUCAGAAAUGUGGAGAAAGUUUUAUUUCUAUGGCCCAUCUUACUCAACAUCAGAGCCUCCACACUGGACCAGGUCGCUAUGAAUGUUAUGAAUGUGGGAGAAAGUUUAAUCGGAGUUAUGAUCUGAUUCGACAUCAAGUUAUUCAUACUGGAGAGAGACCCUUUUCCUGUAAUGAAUGUGGGAAAACCUUUAAGCGAAAAUCAACGCUUAUUGAACACCAGAAUAUUCAUACUGGAGAGAAACCUUAUAGGUGUAACAAAUGUGGAAGAGCCUUCCGACAAAACACAGGCUUAAUUGAACAUCAAAAAAUUCAUACCAUUGAGAAACCCUACAAAUGUAAUGAAUGUGAAAAGGCUUUCAGUAAUAGUUCAAACCUUCUUCAGCAUCAGAUUGCACACACUGGAGAAAAACCCUACAAAUGUGAUGAAUGUGGGAAAGGUUUCAUAAAUAGCUCAAGUCUUCUUCGACAUCAUAAUAUUCACAAAGGAGGAAAACUCUAUAAAUGUGAAGAAUGUGGGAAAACUUUGAGUAAUAGCUUGAGCUUUUUCCAGCAUUUAAAAAUUCAUACUGGAGAGAAACCAUAUAAAUGUAGUGAUUGUGGUAAAGGUUUUAUAUGUAAUUCAUACCUUGUUGAACAUAAAAGAAUUCAUACAGGAGAGAGACCAUAUGUAUGUAAAGAAUGUGGAAAAGCUUUCAGGCGGUCCUGGAACCUUACUGAGCAUCAGAGAAGUCAUAACUCAGAGAAAUCCUAUAGAUGUACAGAGUGUGGAAAAGCUUUCAAGAAUAGCUCAAGCCUUUUUCAUCAUCAAAGAAUCCAUAGUGGAGGGAAACCCUUUGAUUGUAAUGAAUGUGGUAUGGCUUUUAGGUGCAAAUCACGCCUUAUUGAUCAUCAAAGAAUUCAUACUGGAGAAAAACCAUAUGAGUGUGACAAAUGUAUGAAGAAUUUUAGUCAUCGUUCACAACUUCUUGAACAUAUCAGAACCCACACUGGGGAAAAACACUAUGAAUGUAAUCAUUGUGGAAAAUCCUUUACUAGGAAUUCAGGCCUUUUACGUCAUCAGAAAAUACAUACUGGAGAUAAACCAUAUGAAUGUAAUCAGUGUGGGAAAGCUUUUAGCAAUAGUUCAUGCCUCAUUGAGCAUGAGAGAAUACAUACUACAGAGAAACCUUAUAAAUGUAAUGAAUGUGGGAAAGCUUUCUGUAAGAAAUCAUACCUCACAGGACAUCAGGUAAUUCACUCUAAAGAAAAACCCUACAAAUGUAAUGAAUGUGGGAAAUCAUAUAGUCGACGUUUCCGUCUUGUUGAACAUCAGAGAAUUCAUACUGGAGAGAAGCCCUUCGAAUGUAAUGAAUGUGGGAAAGCUUUUAGUAGAAGUGCACUUUUUAUUAAACACCAGAUAAUUCAUACCAAAGAGAAGCCUUAUAUAUGUGAUCAGUGUGGCAAGGCUUUUAGUCUGAGAAAACAUCUUGUUCAACAUCAGAGAAUCCAUACUGAAGAAAAACCUUUCAAAUGCAAUGAAUGUGGGAAAGCUUUCCGGCAUAAGUCAACUUUUCAUGAUCAUCAGAAAACACAUACUGGAGAUAAACCCUGUAAAUGUAGGGAAUGUGGAAAAUCUUUCAAUCGGAUCUUUCACCUUACUGAACACCAGCGAACUCAUACUAAAGAAAAACCUUAUGAGUGUAAUGAAUGUGGGAAAUCUUUUAGUCGAAGCUCAGUUUUUAUUAAGCACCAGAAAAUUCACACUAAAGAGAAAUUAGAUUAAUGUAAUCACAAUGGGAAAGCUUUUAAUUUAAUUCCAGUUGAAUGUUGAAGAAUUUCUACCAGGAAAAAGAAUGAAUAAUGGAGAAAUGGAGAAAUCAAAUGAUUCAGUGCAAUCAAAUUUACAUGUCACAAAAUAGUUAUUUUAAGAAAUUAAAGUUUCAGUCCUGUCUCAAGCUAUAUUUCAUAUAAAAAAUGGCACAAUUGGGUAAUGUUACUCAUCUUCAUAGGGCAGUCUUAUAGAUUCAAAAAUAAUAGACUUGUUAAAGUCUAAACUAUUGCAGUGGCAUAUAAUUGGACUCCCUGCUUCCACUAUUUUCUCUGUUAAAUCCAUCCUCAACAUAUCUUCCAGAUUGAUAUUCCUAAAAUAUAUUUCAUUCUUCUAUUCAAAAUCUUCCCUGUUGUCUCUAAAAUGAAAAAGAAAAUUAACUGCCCAGCAUUUAAAGUCCAACACAGUCUGACUCCCACCUAUCUUUCCGGUCUUAUUUCAAAUUAUACCACACAAACUCUGUUAUUGUCAGAUUGACUAUUGGCUGUUCUUUAUGCAUGACAUUUCAUUUGUCUCCAUGCCUUUUGCAGGGUCUCCCCAAACUCCUAUCAUUAUUAGAUUCUUUCUCACAUCUUGCUUCUUAGAUUGUCUAGUUUCCUUCAAGGUUCAGCUUAGGAUUUUUUAUAAGACAUUCUUUUCUUCCCCAAUUAGUGUUCUCUCCCUCCUGAAAUUUUUUGAUGUUUACUUUUAUAUAAAUUGUACUUCUCAGUCUUUGUUAUAUGUUAUCAUCCCUAGAAUAAUGUAAGCUCCUUGAGUACAGAAUCUGUUUUAUUUUUCUAUUUCCCUAGUACCUGGCAUAAUAUUUUGCACAUAGUAGGCAUUUGAUAAAUACUUGUUGAAUUGAAUUGUAUUGAAUCAACUAAGCUCUAUCAGUGAAGGAGAAAGUAUACUUGAAUUAGAAGUAAGUCUAUUAAGGCUAUUCUUCCUGGAAAGCAUUUUUUCCCAUUAUUUUGUUUAUGCCAAGUAAUCUAAAAUUAUAUUAAUAUAAGAUAGUGAAAGUAAAGAUAUUUGCAGUAGUAUAUAGUUUAAUUUUUAAAAAUUAGCAUAUAGGAGAUACUGCCUCAGUAGCUUUAAAGAGAGUAGUUGUCAAAAAACCAGAUGGAACUUAAGGAGAGGAAAGAGAUUCAAUGUCGGGUCAUUUUGGGUGAUUGUUUUUGGAUAUCGAAUGAUGUAUGGUUUUUUUCCACUAUUUAUUAGCCAUUCUCCUCCCUUGUCAGGAAGAUGUCUUCAUUAUUCACACAAAGGAAGUAGCUCCAGAGAAAAAUAAGGGUUGGCAUAAGAUCUCAAAUUAUAAUGUAGCCAGUACCCUUUUCUAGAUUUAUGGAGUAAGAACACAAAGGGUGCCCCCUUUUCAAGAAAAAAACAAAUCCUUGAAAAUCUACUACUCAUACAGUUUUGAAUGUUCACCAUGGAAAGCAUCCAGGAUGAAGUGAAAUCAUUAUUGGCUUCUGCCCAGUGUCUGUUAAUACUUUUUCUCCUCUAUGACCUCUAAUUCAGAAACAUAAAUGCUAAUCAAACAGCAGGCAGGAGAAACCCUAUGUAGAAGUGAUUUAAAUGGCUUGUGGGAUACAUUAACUCCAGCAUCCUACCCCACUUUUUUUUUUUUUAAUAGAAUGUAGAACUCUAAAGGGAAUUAGGGAUCAUCUAAUCUGGUUCCUUCAUUUUAUAAAUGAGAAAAUAGGGAUCCACAAAGGAGGAGCGACCUUUAGUUAGCUGUUAGGGUGCCAGGUCAUGUGUGGGGUAAAAGUUACACAAACAGCCUUUGCUGAUUGUCUUUGGUUUAUUUAUAUAAUCUGUGCUUUUAGUAUUUUUGAAGAGGGAAUUGGGAUUCAAAAGACUACAAUGAACAAUGAGUCAAAUACAUCUAAUAGGAUGAAAUGUAGGGGCAAAUGUCAAAUCUUUCAAUUGAAUUGAAAAAUUCAACUACCAAGGAAUAAACUGAAUUCUUUAAAAAAAUACAUGUUAAAAAAGACGCCUAGAAUGGAGAAUACUAUCUGUGUACCUUUUGAUGUACUUUAACAUGAAUAUGAAUGAACAAUGUGAUACAACAGACAAAAGAGUAAUGUGAUCCUAAUAAGUGUAUGGCUUCCACAUAAUAAUAAAAGUAUGACAUCUAGAA